UUCUACUUUUCUCUCUCAUCGCUCUGUCAAAAAAUACGGACCAGAGACAGAGUUGUCUCCACGUUUGUCCAGCAAGAAUCGCGCUCUUCGCUUUCACCACAUUCCCCUUCUCUCUUUCCCACAUUCCUCCCUCACUUAAAGCUUUCUUUUUUUUCCAUUUUUUUCUCAAAAGCUUCUACUUUCUACUUUCUGCUUCUCGAUUCUUCCUCCAAUUUCGAAUCUUCCACAGUUUCUUCAUCUGGGUCUGCUCUGAAUUUGAUUUUGAUGCUGUUGUGCUUAAUUUUGUGUUUAAAGCUUGAGUCUUUCCCUUCUGGGUUCUCGAAUUCCUAGGGAAAAUUAGGGCUCGACUACUCUGAAUAUCGGCUUCUAGCUUAACUUGGCUACUUUGCGGUGUAAAGCUUCGAUUUUUCCUUCUGGACUGUGGAAUCAUUGAAGAUUUUUGGAAAUUAGGUUGAGUUUUAAGCAGGUUGACUUCAAUUAGAUCUUACGCCGCAUAAUUGGGAUUUGGCAAUCUAUUUUGCGCUAAUGGUGGGAUUAGUUUUUGUUCAAAAGCUUCAUUUUUGGGUUGAUUUUCGUGGAAUUGCAUCGUUAAGAAGUUUCUGAAAGGAAAGUUUAGAUUUUGUGAUCAAAGAAUGAGUUUGGUUCCUCCUUUGCCGAUUUUAACGCCACCGUCGUCAAAUUCUUCAACCACCGCACCUCCUCCGUUACCGUCUCAGCCUACCACACCGUCGGCUCCACCUCCGGUCACACCACCUCCUUCUCCGCCGCAAACACCGCCUCCGGUAGCAUCAUCAUCACCACCACCACCGGUUGCUGCUUCAUCUCCGCCGCCGUCUUCUUCUCCACCACCGUCACCACCGGUCGUCUCCUCACCUCCUCCUACCGUCGCUUCUUCCCCUCCUCCACCUCCUGUGGUGGUUUCUUCCCCUCCUCCGGCGACAACACCACCGUCUCCGCCGCAAAUCGUCUCUCCUCCUGCUCCUCCUCAGUCUUCUCCUUCACCUCCGGCACCAGCAACACCCUCUACUCCGCCUAAACCUUCUCCUUCGCCUCCGACGAAUACACUAUCUCCUCCUAAACCAUCUCCGUCAACUCCAGCAACUACAUCUCCUCCUCCUCCUCCUGUAGAAGCCACCUCUCCUCCUCCUCCUGCUUCGUUUCCGACAGAUCCUUCUACUUUAGCUCCUCCUCCAACUCCGUUACCGGUUGUUCCUAAAGAGAAACCAACUGCUAAACCAACUGGACCAGCUUCAGACAACGGAAACAACACUAUCUCGUCUGGUUCAUCGAGCAAUGGCGGUGUUGGCACUGGAGGUAUGGCAGCUAUUGGAGUGAUUGUUGGAUUGGUUUUGCUUAGCCUUUUUGUUUCGGCUGUGUGGUUUACUCGGAAACGAAAGAGAAAAGACCCUGGAACCUUUGUUGGAUAUACUAUGCCUCCUUCCGCUUAUUCCUCUCCUCAAGGCUCAGAUGUAGUGCUCUUCAACUCCCAUUCUUCAGCUCCUAAAAUGAGGAGCCAUUCUGGUAACGACUACAUGUAUGCGUCAUCUGAUUCAGGAGGCAUGGUUAGCAACCAAAGAUCAUGGUUUUCAUACGAUGACUUAGCUCAAGUCACAAGCGGUUUCUCCGAGAAGAAUCUCCUCGGCGAAGGAGGGUUUGGUUGUGUGUACAAAGGCGUUCUUGCAGACGGAAGGGAAGUGGCGGUUAAACAGUUGAAGAUUGGUGGAAGCCAAGGAGAGAGAGAGUUCAAAGCUGAAGUUGAGAUCAUUUCUAGGGUUCAUCACCGACAUUUGGUUACACUAGUCGGUUAUUGCAUCUCGGAGCAGCAUAGGUUACUUGUAUAUGAUUAUGUACCCAACAACACUCUCCAUUACCAUCUCCAUGCUCCAGGAAGACCGGUCAUGACUUGGGCUACUCGAGUUAAAGUCGCUGCUGGUGCAGCUCGUGGAAUCGCCUACUUACAUGAAGACUGUCAUCCUCGGAUUAUUCACCGUGACAUCAAAUCUUCCAACAUACUUCUAGAUAACAGCUUUGAAGCCUUGGUUGCGGAUUUCGGGCUAGCUAAAAUAGCGCAAGAACUGGAUUUAAACACACACGUCUCAACACGUGUAAUGGGAACCUUUGGGUACAUGGCUCCUGAAUAUGCAACAAGUGGAAAGCUGUCUGAGAAAGCUGAUGUAUAUUCUUAUGGAGUAAUCCUCUUGGAGCUUAUUACUGGACGGAAACCUGUAGAUACGUCUCAGCCACUUGGUGAUGAAAGCCUUGUUGAAUGGGCAAGGCCAUUGUUGAGCCAAGCAAUCGAAAACGAAGUAUUCGAGGGGCUAGUGGAUCCGAGGCUAGGGAACAGUUUCAUCCCUGGAGAGAUGUUUCGAAUGGUGGAAGCUGCGGCUGCAUGCGUACGCCACUCAGCUGCGAAAAGACCAAAGAUGAGCCAAGUGGUGAGAGCUUUGGACACGCUUGAAGAAGCUACGGACAUAACAAAUGGGAUGAGACCAGGACAGAGCCAAGUGUUUGACUCGAGACAACAAUCUGCUCAGAUAAGGAUGUUUCAGAGGAUGGCUUUUGGGAGUCAAGAUUAUAGUUCUGAUUUCUUUGAUCACUCACAGUCUCAUAGUAGCUGGGGAAGUCGUGAGACUCGUGACCAGUCCAGAUUUGUACCUUAGUUAUUACUUAUUAGUAUUGGUUUUUGCUACUUUCUUCUUUCCCUUUUUGAAGAUGUUUUGUAUAUUCUUUUGCACGAUAUAAUGAAUUUUUAAAUAUACAUAUAGAAAAUUUG